AUGGCGGCCUCAGACAACGUCUUCAAGAUUCUGUUCGGCAUGCAGUCACUUGCUUUCAUCGCCUUCAUCAUCUAUUUAUCCCAAGACGACCACGCUGUUCGUCCACUUUCAAGGUUGUCCAAUGAUUGCACGUGCCAAGACAAACACAGGCAGGAGUUACACAUUAAAGCCGUUUCGCACUCGAUUAAUUCCACCAGAAGCGUCAAUCAAACGCGCGGGCCCCUCUCCAACUGCAGCAUAUAUGACGUCAAGUCGAGGCCUGGUGUAGUCAUGUUAACCUCGACAAACCUUGGCUUCCUGGAUGUAACAUUGAACAUGCUGGAAAGCAUUAAACGGAUCGGUGUCUGUGUGAAUACUACCAUCGUUGCAGAGGACCAGAAGUGUUACCAUUAUUUGAGCAAGAGAGCCGAGGAUGACCCGGCAGUGCACGUGAUGCUGACCAACUCUGGAGGCACGACUGAGAAGGAGAUACUUCGCUCCCAGCGACGCCCGUACUAUGCCCUCUUCAACAAGCGCCAAGAAUACAUCCUGGCUUUCCUUGAACGAGGCUACGAGGUUCUAUUCACCGAUGUCGACACGUUCUGGUUCCGAGAUCCCUUCCCGUACUUCGAAGGCAACUUCGACAUGUCUAUGAUCGACCCGAGAUCCCCUUAUCCGAACCGAACUGAAAAAUCGCACUACUGCACUGGUUUUGCUUAUUUCAAACCCACCGACGUUUCCAUAAAGUUCGUCAAGGCUUGGAUUAAAUCCAUGAAAGAUGACCUAAAAAGGGGGAGGCUUCUGGCAGAUCAGGACGUGAUGAAUCACCUUCUCCGACAAGAUAAACCCGUGCACGUGAACGUCCAACCGCUCGACACAAACAUCUUCCCCUGGGGGCCCAAGUUCUACGACCUCCUGGAAAAGAAGGCAAACUACUCCACCGUCAUGAUGCAUGCUGCGAGUAUCCGUGGACACGCCGCCAAAGUGGCGAAAUUCAAAAGUUCGAACAUGUGGUUAGUGAACUGCACGGUAGAGGAAUUGAUCAGUCGGGAGAAUUAA